AUGGAAACUGCAACUCUCAUUUUGUACCUGCUGCGGGGAGGUGUUGUGUGCCGCUGGCUGUCGGAUCAUGUAAUCAGAGCCUACACCACAGCAGUCGGCCUGCACAUGAUCAUCGUACAGCUGCCGCUAAUGACAGGAGCACCAGUACAGAAACAUACUGGACUGCUGGCUUUACCUAGGACUUUCAUAGAUGUUCUGUAUGGAGUGACCAAUGCUGUAACAGGAACUCUGUUAGUCUCUUUGGUUUCUUUGGUGAUGCUCAUCGGAGGCAAACUGCUGAAUGAGCGGUUUAAGAACAAACUGCCUGUCGCCAUACCAUGGGAGCUUAUACUGAUUGUUCUCAGCACCCUCCUGUCAGUACAGAUGGAUCUGGCUGGACAGCACAGAGUCCAGGUGGUGGGACACAUACCCAGUGGCCUGUCUCCCCCAGCUCUUCCCUCCUUGUCUCAGUCCAGAGAGCUUUUCAUUCCAGCUCUGUCCAUGGCUUUGAUUGGCUUCAGUUUCCUCUCAGCCAUGGGCUCAAUGUUUGCCAACAAACAUGGCUACUGUGUGGACCCGAGUCAGGACCUGCUGGCCCUGGGUCUGUGUAACACCAUUGGAGGGAUGUUUCAGUGCUUUGCUGUCAGCUGCUCCUUUUCUCGCAGCACCAUCCAGGAAAGCAUCGGUGUCAAAACACAGAUGGCUGGUCUGGUGUCAGCUCUGUUGAUUCUGACAGUCUUGUUGGAGAUUGGUUAUCUCUUUGAGCAGCUGCCAAAGGCAGUGCUGGCAGUGAUUAUCGUGGUGAACCUUCAGGGCAUACUGGCUCAGUUCAGAGAUGUGCGUCUGCUCUGGAAAUCUGACAGAUUAGACCUGCUCGUGUGGAUAGUGUCACUGACAUCCACCUUCAUUUUUAACCUGGAUCUGGGUCUGGCUGUGGCUGUCGUCUUCUCUCUGGUCACACUCCUUUACAGGACACAACACUCCACCACCGUUGUUUUGGGUCACAUUCCUGGUACAGACUGUUACAGAGAUGUGGAGCUCUACCUUGAGUUUUAACUUUGAAAUCUUUUCCAAGCAACUAUAAACGUUGAGAACAUGACUGUCGUUGAUCUAAAGAAGAGAUUCUUU